AUGGACUCCACCGCACAGGUGACUAAAACGCCAUCGUUCUGGACGGACGAAAAGCACAUGCACUUCCUUAACACUAUGGAAGCAUCCUUUGUGCGUGCAAUGCUGGAAAACCAAGGAACCUCCAACCCCAGUCCCACGCACCACUCUCUGCGCCUCGACCGUUAUCUUCCCGACACCUUCGAUUCCACUUUGGAUUUGAAACCGCAUCCUCACCGCAUCAGAAAGCUCCAUGCCCCGGCAGAUUCAAUAGGUCCAAGAUCUAGACCGAGGAAAAGAUCAUCCCAGCCCUGCAAUUCGUCACAGGAUCAGGUUGGGGUGUGUGCAAACAAUAGAGGAACACAGUGUUCACCCAUGAAACAAGGUGACAUCUCACCAUACAUAUGUGAGCAAAAAUGGCGACAAGAACAACAGAAGUCACUUUCCUUUGCCACCAAGUUCUCUUCUCGUUCUUGGAAAAGUACCGGUGCGAGCUUCAACUCACGAGUGGAAUCUACGCAACAACGUGCACUCCAAUUGGCACUGGUGAAGAAGGAAGAAUUUUGGUAUAUCAUGGAGUCAAAAGAUAGUAAUGUUGGUGAUGAAAUCACGAGGAUUUCAAAAAGGUAA